CCAGAUGGCGGUAAACCAAUACAAGUGUUGUGUGACAUGACCACGGACGGUGGAGGUUGGACAGUUUUUCAGAGACGUUUGGACGGUUCUGUUGACUUCUAUCUUGGUUGGGAAUUCUACAAAAACGGGUUUGGAGAUCUGAACGGAGAGUUCUGGCUUGGAAAUGACAAUCUUCACCGUUUGACAGCUGCUGAUGACGUCAUACUGAGAGUUGACCUGGAAGACUUUCAUGGAGACAUCAGAUAUGCUGAGUACACGACUUUUGAUGUGGCAGACGAGACAGAUGAGUACCGACUUUUGAUUGGAGGAUACCGUGGCACUGCUGGUGACUCGAUGAUAGACCAUAAUGGUAUGCAGUUUUCUAAGAAUGAUAACGACAAUGACGAACACCCGAAUCUCAGCUGCGCAGAGAAGUACAGAGCAGCCUGGUGGUACAAAGGCUGCCACUGGUCCAGUCUGAACGGACUGUACCUGGACAGACCACAUUCUUCCCAGGCCGAUGGAUUGAACUGGCGCAUGUUUGGAGACCUCGUGUCUUCACUAAAACGUUCUGAGAUGAAGGUUAAACGAAAUCCUAAAUCUUUGAAUUAGGGUACAGACUCCGUCACACAG